AUGGCAGGCCAUGGCUUUCUUUCACAGAUACGCAGAGCAGGCACUGGCUUCCAGACAAUUCAAGAACCUCCAAGGACACUUGAAGAAUUCUUAAAGUGUCAAAACUGGGAUUCUUGGCCAAGGGAAGUCCAUUUGGAUUAUGAUCCUAAAUGGGAACAUGCUCUGAAAAAUAUAAAAGAAGAUAGCUCGUUUAUUUCAAUUUAUACACAUUUAUGGGGAAAUGUCCCUCGAAUAUUUGAAGCAGUUACGAGCAUGGAGUUAAGAUUAGAAGAAUGUUCAUCUCUUUUGAAAAACCAUGCCUCCAAGUUACUUGAGUGGGACAACAUGAUUUCUAAAACAGUUUCUUAUGGACAGUUGAAAACACACAAGGAAUUUCUACAGAAGUACUAUAAGAAAAAGAAGAUAAUGGGCUGUAACUUCUCAGGAUUUAAAGCAAAUGAGCUCACUCAACUACCCAGACAUUUGGAUGCUGAACGAAUUUAUCUUUUUAUUUUAAAAGCCCAUACCUUUGAUGAAAAAGUUUUUAAAAUCUGGAGGACUCACUUUCUCUCAGAAGCCUCUAUUGCUCUUUUGCAUGAUUCCUUUUGGUGGUGGUUUCUCUAUAAAUUUAAGCCUGACAGAGAAAAUCAAGAUUUCUUGUUUGAUAGAAUUUCAGAAAGUUAUGUGGCGCUUUUCAUGAGCAUUCCAGUAGGUCGAAAAGAUGCAUUCUUGCAGGUGUAUCCUGAUUGUUUGGCACAAGCUAUCUAUGCAACAUUUCAGGAGGCAUUUCCAGAAUCCAGUAACCUCUUUAAUGAUGAAUUUAAAGAAGAUCUAGGGACUAACAUUUAUCUUUGGUUGUCAGGUUUAAAACCUCCAAAAAGCUUUUGGACCCACUGGGAACUGAAGGGACUUACCACAACAACCAUACAUGGUAGCAAGAGAGCACCAAAAAUAUCUGUAAAGGAAAUGAUUGCAAGCAGUCAAGAAAGCACAAAAGCUACUGUAGACUUCAAUGUAACAAAAAUUUUAAAGAACUCCAGAACCUGUGUGAUGCCCACAUCCAAGGAAGAAUCAGGAUUACCAAAACCAGCUAUGAAAAUUUGGAGAAAAUUCCAUUAUCUUAGCACUGGUCCAGAGUUUAACCGUGUUCUCUUCAAUUUUGGAGGUCAGAGUCCACUGAUUUUAUAUUACCUUAAGAUGCAUGAGCUAGCUGGUAUUCCCAAUGCCCCUAGACAAACAAAGGUCAAACUCACUGAAAUAUUCCGAGAACCAUCACCUACUCCAACUUACCGUGAUAUUGUAAAGGAGGCAAAAAAAAUUUUUGCAAAGAACCAAAAGGAUUUUAGGAUACUCCAAGUAAAGGCUACCAAGAAACCUUUCGAUGUCAUGUAUGACUUUGAGAAGUUCCUGAAUAAACUGGUAUGUUUCCUCUCUGAAAAUAAUUGA